AACUGUUUGGUUCGGUGCGUAAAACUGUCUUCAAAAACAGAUCAUAAUCAUAAUCAUCGUCACGAUGGUCGUCAGUGGCCGCUGCUCGACCUUCACGGGAGAGAGGAAAACUCCAGAGAAAUUGCGCCGCUGAUUGAUAAAGUCUUUUCAGUUUUCCUUUUUCUUUUUGCGCCGUGAAGAAAUGGAUUGAAUCGAAAGGAGAGCAGAGAUGAUGCAGCGAACCAAUUGUGUUGGCUCCCCCCCGUGAUUGGCUUAGAGCAAAACCCCGCCCCCACGUGGUUUGAUAUGGGAAUUUACUGGCGCCAGCCGUAUCAGUCUGCGCCACAUCUCAUUAAAUGCGCUCGCAGACCACCGCACGGAAUCAGUGAAGACUUUUUUCUCUUGUAAUUUAAACAAGCGUCCAAACCGCAGCCCUCCACCGUCAGCUGAUCAGUCUGCAACAGGUACCAGAAGGACACGAACGUGUCCCUCUAUCUGUCCUCCCGACUUAUCAUUUAGUCUUUGCAUGACUCCCGUGGCUACAGAGUGUAUUUCUCGUUUUUGGGGAGAACAACAACGAGGACAUCGGUUAUCACAGGAAUUGUAUUCUUAAAUCACUCCUAAUACCAGAGACUUUCACAGCUCGAGGACUAUAUUGUGAAGAGGACUUUAUUUCUAUUUGGAAGCGUUCGUACGCACUUUGAGUCUCCGCCGAGGUAAACGCCACUGCAGCACACGAAGACACGGGCGGAUUCAGAAGAGGAGACGCUGAGCUCAGCCAUGGAGGUCGCAGCCGCCGCUGAUCAGUCUCGGUGGAUGGCGCACCAUCACGCCGUGCUGAACAGCCAGCACCCGGACUCUCACCACCACAGUCUAAGCCACAACUACAUGGAGCCCAUGGCGCCGUUGCUCCCGCAAGACGAAGUGGACAUGUUUCUGAACCAUUUGGACUCUCAGGGGAACCCUUACUACACCAACUCCCGGGCCAGGGUCACCUACAGCCAGGCGCACGCUCGGCUCACAAGCAACCAGGUCUGCCGACCACACCUCAUCCACAGCCCAGGAAUCCCCUGGCUGGACCCGGGCAAAGCCGCUCUGUCUGCAGCGCACCACCAUAACGCAUGGGCUGUCGGCCACUUCAGCAAACCCGGCCUGCACCCCACCAGCUCCGGUUACCCCUGCAGCAGUAACACCGGCACGGCUCCGGUGUCGUCUCUGACGCCGGCGCACUCCCACUCCAGUCCGCACCUCUACAGUUUCCCCCCAACACCUCCCAAAGACGUGUCUCCAGACCCGGGCCCCACGUCGCCAACCUCCACAUCCACCAGGAUGCAGGACGAGAAGGAGUCCAUCAAGUCAUCCUACCAGAUGCAGCUGACGGACGGCAUGAAAAUGGAGAGUUGUAGCCCUCUGCGCAGCGGCCUUGCUGCUGCUGCCGCCUCCAUGAACGGCCAGGCCGCUGCGGCCACGCACCAUCCUAUCCCGACCUAUCCGGCCUACCCUCUGCACGCGCCUCACGACUACAGCGGCAGCCUCUUCCACCCGGGCAGCCUGCUGGGUGCGUCCUCCUCCAGUUUUACGCCCAAGUGCAAAAGCAAAGCCAGAUCAAGCUCAGAACUAUAUGCAGAGGGCCGUGAGUGCGUGAACUGUGGCGCCACCUCCACCCCUUUGUGGCGACGGGACGGCACCGGACACUACCUGUGCAACGCCUGCGGACUCUACCAUAAGAUGAACGGGCAGAACCGGCCGCUCAUCAAGCCCAAACGCAGACUGUCCGCAGCCAGACGUGCAGGCACCUGCUGCGCAAACUGCCAGACCACUACCACCACCCUGUGGAGGCGCAAUGGGAACGGAGACCCGGUGUGCAACGCCUGCGGACUUUACUUUAAACUGCACAAUGUUAACAGACCCCUGACCAUGAAGAAGGAGGGCAUCCAGACACGCAACCGCAAGAUGUCCAGCAAGUCCAAGAGGAACAAACGAACAGGAGACGGCUUUGACGAGCUGUCCAAAUGCAUGCAGGACAAGUCCUCUCCAUUCGGCGCAGCGCCGGGCCUCACCAGCCACAUGACCCACAUGGGUCACUUGCCCCCCUUCAGCCAUUCGGGACACAUGCUUCCCACUCCAACGCCAAUCCACCCUUCCUUCGGUCACCCCCAUCACUCCAAUCGCUCGCCGGUCUGGGCCGAGCCUCACUGAUGAGGCCCCCCUGCAGUCGCCAAAAAAACUGAACCGCCAUUAACACUAAAUGGCCUUUGUGUACAGUGCUCAGAGAGGAGGGAUCUUCAGUUGGACUUUAUGACUGAAGGUCACGUCACCGCUUGACCUCACUGCUCGGAAGCAGCACAGAGUGGGACAUUAGCAGACUCUGUGAAGCGCUGAUGGGACGCUCUCUGGUCCUCGGGUGACUGAGGCGCGCAGGAAAGGGAGUAAAUGGAGAUGCUUGUCAUUCUUAUUGCUUAUUUUACUAAGUCACUUUGGUACCCACCUCUCCAUGACCCUGAAACAGGAGACUCAAGAGAGGUCUUAAAAAGAACCGCUGUUUCCACCUCACCCACGUCUCAUUAUACACCCAGAUACCAGCACCCUGUCUAACACCGCUGCUGCUGGUAUGAAGGCGCUCUGACGUCCACGGCAGCCAAUCGGGUCAGACCCCGACUACAACAUCUGCAACCUAUCCUCUCCUCACAUGCUGGAUUGUACACAACCAACACCAACACCACCACCACCACAGCUCCCACCUGUUUAUAAUAAUGGACUUUGAUGGAGAAGAAAAGACUCCAUAAUUAAAGUGUUUAUAAAUGCUUAAUUGCUAUUAUUGUUGUUAUAUUUGAUGUAAUAAUUAUUGCUAUGAUAAUUUAUUUUCACUCUUUCAGCUUUUUGUCAAGGACACAUGGAAUCUGUUAUGAUUUAAAUUUCAUGGUAAUUGCAUAAAGAGAAACACUGACCUAUCUUAGAGUUAAAAAAGGCCCUGAGCUGUAUGUUUUUAUCAUGUUUUUUUUCCAUCUCACAAAAGUAAAGUAAAUAAAGUUUAAUACUGAGGUUCAA